AUGAUUGACAAGGCUCAAUCCAAACUUUUUCAGCCUCUUGUGAUUGGAAAUGGAAAAGUAUGGCUUGAUCACAGGGUUGUCUUCGCCCCAUUGACCAGAAAUCGAGGAGUGCCUUUGAAUCCCAUCAGCACUCCACAGAACCCAAACCGCAUUUGGUAUCCUGGGGAUCUCAUGGUUGAGUACUAUGUUCAGCGAACGACGAAAGGCGGUCUUUUGAUUUCAGAGGGCAUUCCACCUUCACUUGAGAGCAAUGGAAUGCCUGGAGUGCCCGGUCUCUUCACUCAAGAGCAAGCCGACGGCUGGCGCAAAGUUGUCGAUGCCGUGCACGAAAAAGGAGGUUAUAUUUACUGCCAGCUUUGGCAUGCCGGUCGGGCUACUAUUCCUCAGAUCUCAGGUUCACACCCAGUAUCAGCCUCUGCCAGUGUCUGGGAUUCUCCGGACGAAUGCUAUUCUCACAUUCCUGUAGGUGAGUCGAAGCCUGUUCGCUAUGCGAACCAUCCGCCGGUGGAAUUGUCCGUCGAGCAUAUAGAAAAGACUAUUAAAGACUACUGCGACGCGGCGGAGAAGGCUAUGCACAUAGGCUUCGACGGAGUUGAGAUCCAUGCAGGAAACGGCUACUUGCCAGAGCAGUUCCUAAGCUCGAACAUUAACCAGAGAACAGAUGAAUACGGCGGGUCACCGGAAAAGAGAUGCCGCUUUGUUCUCGAGUUGAUGGAUGAAGUGGCUAAGCGAAUCGGCGAAGGAAGUCUUGCCAUUCGUCUUUCGCCCUUUGGUCUCUUUAAUCAAGCUCGUAGUGAGCAACGCUUGGAAACUUGGACUUAUCUUUGCAAAUCUUUGAAGCACGCUCAUCCGGCGUUGUCUUAUGUCAGCUUCGUUGAGCCUCGGUACGAACAAAUAUUCAGCUACGAAGAGAAAGGCAAGUUUCUCGCCAGCUGGGGUCUUCCCGAUGUGACCUUAGACGGGUUCCGUGAGAUCUUUGGAGACACUCCUUUUUUCUCAGCCGGCGGCUGGAACGACGCCAACUCUUGGGGUGUGAUUGAAUCAGGCAAAUAUGAUGCCUUGCUUUAUGGCCGCUACUUUAUCAGUAACCCAGAUCUGGUAACCAGGCUGAAGGAUGGUAUCCCGCUCGCGGCGUACGAUCGUACUCGAUUUUACGGUCCAUUUGAGGAUAAUACUAUCGGGUAUACAGACUAUCCAGUUGCGAAAGAGAUCACUUCGGCCGACAUAUGA